AAAAAAAAUCCAUGAGCCGCUGGCAGCGCACGCUCAAGCAGCCUCUGCGCUUCACGGGCGUGGGGCUCCACUCGGGCGAGAAGGUGACGAUCCGCGUUCUCCCGGCACCUGCAGACUCAGGCAUCGUCUUCCGCACUGAAUCUCAACAUUCCAUCCCUGCUCUCAUCGCGAACGUGGAUGCUCGCAAGAGCCAAUUGUGCACACAGCUCACUGCCAACGGCACGUUUGUGUCGACUGCCGAGCACUUAAUGGCCGCGUUAGUGGCGUCUCGAAUCUCCAACACUUUUAUUGGCUUUGAAGAGAGCAGGCAACACUCCAGCGUCGAGCUGCCAGUUCUAGACGGCAGUAGUAUCGAGUACGUUGAGGGAAUCCGACGUGUGGGAGUUGAGGUGCAGCACGGUGCAGUACUCAAAUAUCUGCGCAUAAAGCGACCAGUGCAAGUUCUUAAACAGGAUAAGGCGGCGUGGCUGCUUCCUAUGGUCGAAGAUCUCAGUAACUCUCCGUCGUCCUUACAAGCUCCGACGCUGCAUAUGUCGGUGCAGGUGAAUUUCGCUCACAAGCAGCUGGGCACGACGUUCUGUCGCUUCUCGUUGGGCUCUGAUCCGGACUUUACGCUUGACGCAUUCCACCGCGAGAUUGCAUCGGCCAGAACCUUCACGUUCGAGGAGGAGAUCGAGUGGAUGCAAGCGAAUGGCUUGGCACGUGGCGGAUCCCUCGACAACGCCGUUGUAUUCGCCAAAGACGGCCAAUCAGGUGUUUUAAACAAAGACGGACUGCGUUUCUCCGACGAGUGGACACGGCACAAGAUGCUGGACUGUAUCGGUGAUAUCGGUCUCGCUGGUCUCCCUCUGCAUGGCUAUUUCUUCGCGACGAGUCCAGGCCACGCACUGACUCAUGAUCUGCUUCGAGAACUUUUUAAAGAUCCUGAAAACUAUGAAGAAGUGUUUAAAACAAAAUGAGAGAGUCAACACGGCGUGGUAUUAUUGUUUGUUUAGUGUUUGAUACACGGUUGAACGGAGAGGAUGAUGGCGACUGCGGAUGAAGAGCAGACGUCUACUUGUCGUGAUAAGCGUUGACAGCGUUCGAGUGCAGACUCGAGAUGUACUUGCGGUGCGAGCGCCACUCGGAGCGGUCCUUAAGCGCCAUAUCCGGGUGCUUGCGGACUUCGCGGUCCCACUUGACGUCAGGGCUCGUGGUCAGGUGGCGCACACCAGUCGCGGCGCACAAGAGCGUUGCCGCUCCUAGAGCACAGAGCAGUGGGUACGUCUGUGGCAGAAGAAUGAGGUUAGCUACACGUUGAAGUAGAUAGACGAGGAGAGAGACAUACGGAGGGAUCGCUCAGCCACACGGAGCCUUUCUUCGCAGCAGCUCGCGCAACCAUUGUGAGGUAGUCUUGAGUAGUCUUGAGUAGUCUUGAGUUUCUGCCUGAUCGCUUGGAGGAAGAUUGGAGAGUGAUUCGCUGAAUGAAGAGGAGCCUUCUACGGGUUUUCAACUUCAACAUGGUUAGUAUAGGACUUUGUAUGCUGAAAAUAAUGUAAGCAUUGUGUACGAUGAAACGUCGCUGAACGGACCCCCAGAAGCAUCAAUCGCACGCACGCCAGACCAACUUCAACAUAAGAGCUCAUGAAUGCACGGCCAUUAGUGCUGUCUCCACCCUGAGAACGACUUAUAGUCUUGCAAGCUAACAUGCUGUUGCUGUUGGGCGUGUGCGGGUAGUUGGAAACCCCAGUCCGACUGGAAAAAAUGAGUUUAGAAACUUAACGAUGGGGAGCUUCAGGAAUACAAGUUUUAUUAUUUUCCUCU